AUGUCUCGAGCUACCAGGAAAUCACGGAAGCAAACAGCGUCCCAAAUUGUAGAGACAUCGCAAUCAACUGAUAUCGAAAUGGCGGAGGACGAUUCUACACCUCCACUACAGGGCUUGUCACACGCAACUAGGGUCUCCAAGGUCAGCCAUCUUGCUCGACAUCUGCUUUAUGCAUCGUCAAACGAGAAAGAUGGAGCCCUUAAAGAUGCGUUAGCUCAGAAACAACAUUUCUUCUCCAAGAGAGAAUACUGCCAUGUAUUGAGGGAGGCGAGCAAUACUCUCCAACGUUCAUUUGGCUGUAAGGUCGUACAUCGAGCCAAUCAAUCCCAUGUUAUUCGAAUGACGCCUGCGCAAGAAAGUUGUACAGUCGAUACUAUGGAGGAGGCCAAAAAAGGUUUGCUCUCGGCCAUUCUUAUGUUUAUAUUCCUAUCGAAAAGUAGAAAGUCGAGCAUUACCUGCAUCACGGAACCUAUGCUUCUGAAAUUCUUAGAAUCACUCGGUCUCUCUUAUGAUACUCCCGAUGCUGUCUUUGGGGACAUUAAAAAGCUAAUUUCUCCUUCCCAUACCGCCGAGUUCAUCCAUGAUGGAUAUAUUUCGUUUGCAAAAUCAUCGGAUAGAAGCGAAACUCAGAUGAUCACCUAUGACUGGGGGCCUCGUGCGAUUCUCGUUUGUGAACCGAAAGCCAUAUUGACAUCAUUUUGUUCGAUGAUCAAGGAUUCUGAGAUGGACCGGUGGGAAGACCAAUUAGAUACGGUGAAGCAAAUCGAGGAAGAACGGCAACAAAUUCUGCAGAAUUCAGAGAAGUAUAUCAUGGACGAAAAGUAA